CAUCGAUGACGAUACUAGGGGGCAUGCUAAAACCGAGAAAAAAAGCUGAAGUCAUUUGUAUUUCUCGCUUGAAGGAGAGACCUCGUGUGAACAGUGAAUAAGCACCGCCAAUCAUUAAACACCCACCGCUAGGAGAUGAAUAAUAUUUGUGGGCAAUAUUAUAAAUGGAAUAGGAUACUCAUGACUAUUGUCGGAAUAUGGCCCGAAUCAUCGAAAUUUAUUACAUUAGCGGCGCAAAGUUUAGUGGGUCUAUCAACGCUGUCGUUAGUAAUCCCUCAAUAUGCCUUCCUUGCGAGAAUGUGCAGCAUUCUGGAUGAUAUGAUAUACGUGAUAAUCAUACAGAUGAUAACUGGUCUAGGAGUGGUGAAAUAUGAGAACAGUUAUAAAUCGGAUGUACGAGGAUCAUCGUAUUCUAGAAUCGUCACCAGCUGCUGCGACAAUCGCGGCAUAUGCUGUAAGAGGAUGCUGGAGGACUCAAAUGUACACAGUUACAAUGCUGAGUGCAUGCUCUUUUUUCCUCCUGAGUCCAUUGACACCGGUAAUACUUGACAGUCUACUACCACUUAAUGACUCCAGACAAAAAAUAUCUACAUUUGAUACUGAUUACUCAAUUUUUGGAAUUAAUAGUGAUGAAUAUUAUUAUGUUACCGUUAUUCAUGGAUAUAUCACUGGCAUUUUAAUUAUGAUAAGUAUAAUAGCAGGGGAUACGUUCAUGUUCAUUGUAUCGGAACACUGUGGCGGACUAUUCGAGGC